CCAGAGAGACAACGGCAGGGAGGAAGGUCCAGUUCCCUCCCAUCGUUACUGAGACAACCGGGUCCGUUUAGUUACUCAGGUAUGGACUUCUGUAACAGCUCCACCAACAGCACCGGCAGCAGCACUGUCUUCACCAACCAGGUCCUGCCGUCUCUCUACAUCGUCCUCUUCGUUGUGGGUGUGGUGCUAAAUGCUGUGGCCGCCUGGAUCUUCUUCAGAGUCCCAGCAGACUCUGGCCUGGUGGUCUACCUGAAGAACAUGGUGGUGGCCGACCUGCUCAUGCUGCUCUCCUUCCCCAUCAGGGUGGCGGUGAAGAUGGGCUUCAACAGCUGCCACCUUUGGAUUUUCAACUGCCGAUUCAAUGCCGUGCUCUUCUACAUGUCCAUGUAUGCAGGAAUGCUGUCCAUAGGCUACAUCAGCCUGGAGCGCUAUGCCAAGAUUUCCUCCACACGCACCUCCUCCUUCAAGAUGAAAUGUAGUGGAGUGUCUGCUCUAAUGCAGAGUACCACCUUUGCCCGGGUUCUGGUGGUCCUCACCUGGGGCCUCCUCUUCUUAUACUCUGCACCCAACACCAUGCUGGCAACCUGGCCUGCCAAAGGCCAUAACUUCACAAAAUGCAUGCAGCUGAAGACGCCCCUUGGUGCCCAGUGGCACAGAGUAUCUGUCCUUAUUAACAUGUCUCUAUUCUGGGUAACGCUGCUUAUCGUCGGCUUCUCCUACACCUUCAUAGCUCACCAGAUCUACAAGACGUAUCGCUGCAUGCGGCGCGACAGCAGGGGCAUCUACCAGAACUCCAACCGCAACAUCUUCAGCAUUCUGGCAGUGUUCACAGUCUGCUUUGUGCCGUACCACAUCUGCCGCGUGCCUUACACCAUGAGCCAGAUGUCAUCAUCAAGCUUUAGCAAAGGUAACAGCAUCCUGCUGCACCAGAUCAAAGAGGGGACUCUAUUCCUGUCAGCGACGAAUGUCUGCCUCGACCCCCUGAUCUACUUCCUAAUGUGCCAAAGGUUCAGAAAGUCACUUAUAAGAAAACUGUCCAGUAAAAAGAGGAGGAAGCGUCUGUCAACCAAUCAAGAGUCUGAGCAACAUGUAGAGGGGGGAUGGAGGAAUGGAUGCAAAGCAAGAGGAGACACUGAAAGAGAAGACAAGGACAGAGUAGAUCCUGGAAGAGGAGGCAACCAGAGCACAGCAGAUCCUUGAGUCUGUGCAGCAGGAGACGCAGGAGACACAGGAGACACAGGAGACGCAAGGAGUUUCAUGACUGUAUGAGUCCAAUAAUAAAAAACUGCCUAAUUUCAGAGCCUUCUUUCUGUCUUUUUCCAUUUUUGGCUUUAACAGAAAGGAACAGAACAUGUCACAUAGUUCCCAUGUGUUAUUGUUGAUCUGGAGAAUGGAGACAGUUAGGGGUCAAAUCUGCAUGAAGAGGUCAAUGAUGGCAGACUGUGGGUGUUACUGGACUGGCAAGGGCAGUAAGAUGAGGUUGAGGUUUUAGGGCAGGCGGAUGGUUCACAGAGGGCUGAAGGCCAAUGAGGUGAAGAACGAACAUGGUGGGAAGAGGGAAGAAAGAGUUUGGAGAUCAGGGUUGGAAGGAGAGCUGUGCGAUCAAAGCGAAGGUCAUGAAGACGGACUGAGGCCUGUCAUGACGGACGGUUUGAAGACGCUGACACUAAGAAAGCCAAAAAUAUUCAGAUUUUCACCAUGAGACGAUUUGGAGACAAAGAUGUAGACAGAAGCUCGAUUGGUGCAAUGAAGUGUUGAUGUCAUCAUAGAGAUGUUGUCUAUAAAGAAGAUAGAGGCAAAUAUUCCACUUUGGCCUCUUCUAAAGUCAACAACCUGCAGAAGAAGGACGAGAGCAAAGAUUGGUGGCUCAAUGAUUUUUGAGCUGUUUUGAGGGAAAAAUCGUAAACUUGAAAACGUUUUGACAUGCAGGAGAUCCAGACCAGAAGAGUCUCUGAGGAAAGGAGGAAAACCACCAUGUCAGCACUUUAAGAACCAGGUGAUUGAAACGUGGAUAUUUUGUUGUCUGGUUGUUGGAGAUGCUGCAGCGUCCUCCUGUCUUCACCUCAACCUGCACGUUUCCUCCAGCAGGUGGAAACUUGAUGUCCUGUCCUCCAGUAGGCCACCCAGAAGGACAAGAAACAGCAUCACAAAGGUUCAAGUUUCUGUGGCUCUAAACUUUAAAUCACUGCUCUGACUGCUCUACAUAAAACUAUUCAGACAAGCAGAUGUUUUCUGUAUGAUAAAGGUCAACAGUUUUCUGUUUUAGCUGCAGAUUUUCUUGUUUUUUUCUGCUUUAAACACAAACAUUAAGAAAUAGGCCUCAGUUUUAUAUCAUACAUUUAUUUAUAUCCAUUUAAAACAGGAAGUUAUGGAUGGCUUAUUACAAACUCCUGGAAAAGUAAAGAAUUUACAAAAAUAUAUUUGUAUUUAUCUAAGAAAAAUAUUGGAGUGUCAGUAAUUGAUUUUAUCAAGAUUAUUUUGCUGAA